UAAUCACUUAAAGGUCGAUAUGCCAGUUAUCGACUAAGCUUACUGCCUUCCCCAACGCGUUGUUUAUGACCUUUCCCCGCUGUCAAUUAAUUAACUGCAUUUAACAAAUCUGUGUAUUAAAUUUUUUGCAUAAACCGAUAAAAAAGUGCUAUUAUAUAAAAAAGUUCCUUCAUUUAAGCAAGGCUAAAAAAAUGGUUGCGUGGAAUAAUUUACGUAACUUGGGCAGUAUCGCCGUCGGCACCGGUGCCGGUUUGGCCGCUUAUUAUUACCAACGUUUACGCGAUUCUAACAAUAUGGUGCAGAACUCUUGGACAACAAGUGAUCAGCCGGUUAAUGAUGCUGCUAUCUGGGAUCCGAAUUGGGACUGUCGUGACCCGAAGAGCUGUGUGCGUCCGGUACGUAAUGACUCGCCGCAAGAACAGAAUCGUUUUAAUAACGAAUUGGAAAAAGUGCGUGUUAAGGCAACACGUCACAUAGUGUUGGUGCGCCACGGCCAAUAUUUGGACGUUGGUGAACACGAUAAGGAUCAUCAUCUUACCGAUUUGGGUAAAUUGCAAGCAAAAUAUACAGGUCAACGCUUACAUGAGCUGGGCAUAAAAUGGGAUAAGAUUGUUGUGUCUACCAUGACCCGAGCGCAGGAGACAUCGGAGAUGAUACUUAACGAAAUUAAAUAUGAGCCGGAAAAAGUGAAACACUGCCAUUACUUGCGUGAAGGUGCGCCUAUACCACCACAACCGCCUGUUGGACACUGGCGACCAGAGAAAUCUUUCUUUCGGGAUGGUGCACGUAUUGAAGCGGCCUUCCGGCGUUAUUUCCAUCGCGCCUACCCCGAUCAAGAGCAUGAUUCGUAUACUCUGAUCAUUGGUCAUGCGAAUGUUAUACGCUAUUUCGUAUGCCGCGCACUGCAGCUGCCGCCGGAGGCAUGGCUACGCAUGAACAUUAAUCACGGUUCGAUUACUUGGCUCACCAUUAGCCCUUCGGGUAAUGUUUGUAUUAAACAUUUAGGUGAAAGCGGCUAUAUGCCGGCUCAGCAUCUGUCGCAUCGCAUACCGCGUGAAGUGAAAAAUGUUGUUUGAAAAGAAAGUAAACAAUCAUUUUGAGAAGUGCGAAAAGAAAAGUGCAAAAGUAAUAAGUAUAAAAUUUUAAAGCAACAAUUAAAAGCAGUUAUUGUUGUUGUUGACCCAUAAUAUCAUUGCACUUUCUUUAUUCAACGCAUGGUUAGUGCAUUAAUUCAAUACAAUAUAAUUUACUUAGUUCCUGCCAUAAAUAUGCAUUAUUGCCAUCAAACAGCUCAGAUUAUCUUCUCUCGUAGGUACUUAAAUAAAAAAAAUAAUAUCAGAGAAUAACACUUAGCAGUACUAAAUAAAUAGUUUUUUAAUUAUUAAGGAUAAUUAAGUAAAAAAACCUUUAUACAAAACCCCUUACCUAUCCCUCGCUGAAUUGUGAGAAGCAUUAAAUGAUAAAAAAAAACUGAAAUAAAAUUCGCACGCAAAGCAAUUCAAAAUGUUUGUGUUAAAAUUACAGGAGUUAUUGUGUGUCGAAAGAUGAAGAAAAGUAAAGGAAAAUUAUAAGCGUACUCGCAAUUAAACAAUUGCCUUUGGAAUAAUA